AGAGCGCCGCUGCCUGGGAAACACACAUGCAGACAUUUAAUAAGAGUAGCCACCGAUCUGAGCAGCGUCCUCGCGCGCGCACACUCACACACGCGCGCGCGCGCUCACGCAGCUCCGUGAUCCGGAGGGAGAGGAUGACGGCACGCCUCCUUCGCACGCUCGGGGUGUAGAGCCCACCACCCUCUGAAACCCAGAGACCCCCGGAAUCAGCGUGAAGCGGGGGGCGCGUCCAGCAGCUGCGGUGUGUGUGUAUAGUCCAGGGCAAUCAUGCCACUGGUGAAGCGCAGCAUCGAGCCCAGGCACCUGUGCCGGGGGGCACUGCCCGAUGGCGUGACCAGUGAGCUGGAGUGUGUGACCAACAGCACCCUGGCAGCCAUCAUCAAACAGCUGGGAGGACUCAGUAGACAUGCUGAAGACAUCUUUGGUGAGCUCUUUAAUGAGGCUAACAGCUUCUACAUGCGUAUGAACAGCUUGCAGGAGAAGGUGGACCUGCUGGCAGUUAAGGUUACACAACUGGACUCUACUGUUGAAGAGGUGUCCCUGCAGGACAUCAACAUGAGGAAAGCUUUCAAGAGCUCCACCAUUCAGGACCAACAGGUGGUCUCCAGAAACUCCAUCCUGAACUCAGUCAUGGAGAUGUACCAGCGCUGUGAUAAACCCCCUCCACUCAACAUCCUCACUCCAUACAGGGACGACAAGAAGGAUGGCCUUAAGUUCUACACAGAUCCCUCUUACUUCUUCAACCUGUGGAAAGAGAAGAUGCUGCAGGCGACUGAGAACAAGAGGAAGGAGAAGAGGAGGCAGAAGCAAGAGCAGAAACACCUGGAAGACCCCAGUCGGGAGGUGAAGAAGGUGAGAAAGGCGCGGAACCGUCGGCAGGAGUGGAACAUGAUGGCCUACGACAAAGAGUUCAGACCAGACACUCGCCUCACGCCGUCCCCUUAUCAUGGCAUAUCGUCAGAAGGCUCUUUAUCUCCUGACAGGUCUUGUAUGUCAGAUGAACAUUCCUACCCGGCCAGUCCUAAUCACCCUCAGGAGGCAGGAGGAGCAGGGGCUGAUGGGAAAGAUUCUGGCCCCACUCAGACUCAGUCUCUGGACCGCGCGUACCGGCCUCCUGCUUCAGCUGCAUCGGCAACCGCCCGUCAACACUCUCUGGGCCGCGUACAGCAGCACCACGGAGCUCCGCCCCCAGACUCCUCCCUCAACGGCCCUCGACCUGCAGCUGCCAAAGAUUACAGUGGUCAUCAGAUGCCCGAGCACUUUGUUCCUCCUGCGCCUCCUCCUCCUCCCCCACUGAUCCCCUCUGCUCAGACCGCCUUCGACAGCACCGCCGGACCUCCAGGACUGGCCCCUGGCACAGUGUCUGCUUUAUCCCGCCCCUACAGCCCAUCUCCUCCCCCUGCCCCACCCUCAGCCUACGUCCCCUCUCCGUCCCACCCUGUGAGCGGUGGCCCACCUGUCGCUCCUCCUCCUCCUCCACCAGGACCCCCCACCCACGCCCCGUCUCCAGCCAGGGCCGCCACCCACCCGUCCGGAGAGGCUACGCUGCCCAGGAAGGGCCAGGUGCCUGUGAUCCCCAUGAGCGACGCCCGCAGCGACCUGCUGGCUGCCAUCCGCAGAGGCAUCCAGCUGCGGAAGGUACAGGAGCAGAGAGAGCAGGAGGCUAAGAAGGAGCCGGUGGGCAACGACGUGGCGACAAUCCUGUCCCGCCGCAUCGCUGUCGAGUACAGCGAGUCCGAUGAGGAAUCAGAACCCGAGGAGAACGAGUGGUCCGACUAGGUGGGCAUCGGAGGAGUCGGCCACCGCUCGCAUUACUGUACACACUGCUGCUAAUUUCCCAUUACCAGGACGCACACACUUCACUUUCUUCAUACAGACAGACGACAGUGAGACAGUGAGAAUAAGUGCUUAUUAAAAAACGAAAAGAAAAAGAAAGAACUUUUGGAAAAGGGACUGGAAGAAAAAUAGGAGGAAAGACUGGGAGUGUGUGCAAUAAAAAAAUUAAUUAAGUCUAAAGAAAGUGUUAUAAAAGAGAGAACAAAGGGAAGAGAAGGAAAGAGAGAGAGACGAUAAGUAGGGACACUAAGUAAUUACGUUGAAUUUACUUGAUUCGCACAUUAAAUGUAUUCAAAAUAAUAUAUUCAAUAUAUGUAUAAAUUAGGGGUGAUCCAGUAUGUAAUAUUCAGUAUCCAAUACUGGCCAAAAUCACUGGAUGAAUAUUGAAAGAGGAAAAAAAGCAUAGCCAUGAUGAUUACUCUACCCUGUAGGUUAUUAGCAUAUCAUUAGCUAGUUUAAGAAGAAGAUAUGAGAUUGAUAUCUAUAUCUGCAUCGGACAUUUAAAAAUGGUGCUGUGCUAUAUGUGGCCCUUGAAAAACGAAUAGCACAUUAUACGUUUUAACGUACAAAACACAUUAUAAAGUACUUUAACUUAAAAAAAAUCAACAGGAAUUGUGCUCAGAAAUGUGAAGAAAAUGGGUUAUGAUCAAAAACAUUGUGCCUGUUGGCCCUGAAAAUAAAAAAAUGACUUCCUGUAGAGGAUUUGUUCAUUUAUUUUUCUUUAAGAAAUGAACAAAAAGUGUAAUUUGACCAGGGAUGAUGCCCAAUCCAAAUAUAUAUAUUAACAUAAGUAAAAUAAAUUACAUUUAUUAACAUUAAAAUAUAUGUAUAUUAAAUAUCAGAACACUCAAAAGCAUUACAAUAUUUACUGAGUGAAAUAUGAUUGCAGAGUAUUAAUAUUUUAAAACCUCCCAGCAGAGGCACCACAUGCUCUGCACAGGGCAGCACAUGUCUGCAGGAGGUCUUUAUUAAAUACAUAAAUAAAUAAAUAAUGACUUAACAAUAAGAGAAAAAAGUGAAUUAUUUAUUAGAUUGAACAGUUUUAUCGUUCUUUUUAUCGUUCUAUCAUUAUCUUAAAUCAUACGGGCAUAGUUAAAUGCCCAGAGGAGGACCUGUUAAGUGUAGUAUUUUAGACCACCCAUAAUAAAUGACUUGACUAUUGUUAAAAUCUUUUAUUAGAUCACUGAUAUUAUAUUAUAUUAAAUGAACUAUAUAAAUACUACUGCUACAAUAUAGAAUAAACUGAAGGAUAAAAUGAUUUUGAACUAUUCAGAUAUAGUUUAAUUGUACGUGUUGCUGAUGUACAUGUUUGAAUCAAGUAAAUUGAAUGUGCUGCUAACAGCUUUUCAGCUAAACAGAAAGAAAGAAGACAUUCAGUAUUAGAAGGUAGGCUGAGGCAGAGGAUUUAGGAGGUUUACAUGGGUAAAAAGGUGGUAUUUAAGGUUUAUAUGGGCAGCAAGCACAGAAUUCUUACAGAAUAUACAAUGUGAAACAAUAUCUCGUCUGUUUUAGAGCUGUUAAAACUUGCCAAGAAGAUUUUCCUGUAAAGAUGUUUGUUCUGUGCUUUCGAUCAGUUUCUCAUUUUGUAUUCGUCCAGAAAGUUAUGAAAUAUCUAACAUAUCCAAACCUUUGCAGUUCGCACCAAAAAAGAGAAGGCAGUACAUCCAUCCAGCAGUGGUAUAUGCACUUGUAUUACGUACCUUUAUGUAAAGCAGCAUGCCACAGUACGGCUUCCAGUACCCAAUCAUGCGAGAUACGUGUUGUCUGCUUCUCGCAUCGCGCUCUGAGCUCUCAGUACAGUAUGGACAAUCAGAACUUCACCACCUGGCUUUGUACUACAGGACCUCACAUCUGUUCUGCAGGUUGGUAGCAGCAGCAGCUGUAUGACCACAUUUCACACACAAGUCUCAGCGCUCUAUUUAUAAUUGAAUUAAUUAAUUUGUCAUUUUGUUCAAUUGUGAAAAAAGUGUUGUGAUGAAUAUUGAUACCCUUACCGACCUUACCGUGAGUGACAUCAUAGUUUUACUGUUUUAUUUCUUUCAUUCUCGCUUAUGGACCGUGUGGAAUUUGAAAGACUCAACAUUGUCGCUUAUUUUUUCUGUUCUGUAGUACUAACGAUUAAUGAUCAGAGAUGAUGUUAUCUGAAGGAGCGUUUAUAAAGAAAUUAGGUUGUAUAUACAGCUCUGAAAAAAAUUAAGAGACCACUUAUAAAUUUGAUUAUCAUCCAUCAAACCAAGCUGAACUGCUUGAAUUUUUGCACCAGGAGUGGCUUAAAAUUAUCCAAAAGCAGUGUGUAAGACUGGUGGAGGAGAACAUGACAAGAUGCAUGAACUGUGAUUUAAAACCAGGGUUAUUCCACCAAAUAUUGAUUUCAGAACUCUUAAAACUUUAUGAAUUUGAACUUGUUUUUUUUUUUUCUUUAUUUGAGGUCUGAAAGCUCUGCAAAUAAAUUACUAUAUUCUUAUUUGGAAUUUGGGAGAAAUGUUGUCUGUAGUUUAUAGAAUAAAACAAUGUUCAUUUUACUCGAACAUAUACCUAUAAAUAACAAAAUUAGAGAAACUGAUUCAGAAACUGAAGUGGUCUCUUAUUUUUUUCCAGAGCUGUAUGUGUAUGUGUGUGAGUGUGUUUGGGUGUGUUUAAACUCUAUGUCAGAGAAAGAGAGAGAGAGAGAGAAAGCAUGUGUGAUGAGCUGGAAGACUGUGCACUAUUAACAUACAUUUUUUAUAUGUUGUGCUGUCUAUUUCACACAAGCCUCUUUAUGCUUUUAGACCUGAACAUUACUCCGGUAUAACACUCGGGCGGAGAAGAGCCGCCGCAGCCGUCAACAGUAAACACGUGCUCUGUCGUUAUCUGUCAUUACAGUAUGUAAUUUAUAACUAUACAGUAUUGAUGUGUUUUACAAAAUUAUUGUUGUAUAGAUUUUGUAACAAUGCUUGUAAGAUGAAUUUGGGUAUAAAGGGUAAACCAUACUGUCAAUCACAGAACAAAUAUAAACAGUUAUGCAUGUGUGAGUAGUUAAUAAAAUGUAAGAAAAACUUUG